CGGACUAUCUUUCUUUCCAGCCACACCGGCGAUAAGCUCUCUUCCUUCCAGAAACAUCCGGCGCUCUCCCCCGAAACCCUAACCCUAUCUCCAUCGAAUCCUCUCUCUCUCUCCUUGGUCAUGUCGCACUUUGGACGAUCUGGGCCGCCGGACAUCAGAGACACCUACUCCCUUCUCGUCCUCAACAUCAGCUUCCGUACCACCGCAGAUGAUCUCUACCCUCUCUUCGAUCGAUAUGGCAAGGUGGUGGACGUCUUCAUUCCAAGGGACCGUAGGAGCGGGGAUUCGCGGGGAUUUGCGUUCGUGAGGUACAAGUAUGCUGAUGAGGCUCAAAAGGCCGUGGACAAGCUCGAUGGGCGAAACGUUGAUGGUCGAAACAUUAUGGUUCAAUUUGCAAAAUAUGGGCCGAAUGCUGAACCUAUUCAUAAAGGAAGAAUUGUAGAGGUGCUCCCAAAGACAAGGGGCAGGUCAAGGAGCCGUAGCCCUAGGCCAAGGCAUAGAGAUGAUUAUCGGGACAAAGAUUAUCGGAGGCGAAGCUGUAGUCGAAGCAGGGGACGUUAUGACAGGUAUGACAGGUACCGUGACAAGGAAAGGGAUUAUCGCCGUAGGAGCAGAAGCCGCAGUGAAAGCCCUGAUUAUUAUAGAGGCCGUGGUAGGAGGUCAGAUGAUGAUCGGAGAAGAAGCAGGAGCCGCUCUUAUGAUAGUGCCUCACCUGAUCGGCGUAGCUAUAGUCCUCGAAGGAGUCCAAAGCCUCGGAGGACCCCACCUUCUCAUGAUGAAAGCCCAGACAAAGGUAGCCGUGGCGAACGUUCACCACCAUCACGAAGUGUUUCACCCCGAGGUCGACAUGCAGAUUCCCGGAGUCCAUCUCCUCGCAGUUCUGACCAGGAUUGAUGGAUCAUUUGGUAUGAUUGGGUCUGAUUGGUUAGAGAUACCCUUGAGGCUCAGCAUUGACAAAUUCUAUAAACAAGGAUCGUUAUGAACUUCUAUGAUAGUUUUGGUUACCCUGGACUCCUUUUUAAGUUAACUGUUCGUGAAAGGGUUGUUGUUGAUUGCCGGCAAGAUGGUUUCAAAUGCAUAUGUCCUUGCUGAUGAUGUUGUAGCUGAUGUUCUUUGUUCUUCCUUGAUGAUGAUGUUGGUGAUGAUGCUGAUGGUGGUGUUGUUUGUACUUCAUGAUGAUGGUGAUGUUAAUAGUGAUGCUGACAGUGAUUUUUUUGCUGACCAACAUUCUAAAAACAAGACCUGCACUGAGGCCAGUUUUCUAAUGUACUUUGAUGGUCUCAUGACUGGAGUAGUGCUAGCUGUGAUGACCAUGUCAGUUGCUGUAGCACCGGCACAUGAUGCUGUUUUGUGUCAGUAUUUAAUUUCUCCUGCAUAUGGAAUUUAAAAAGGUGAUGUUCCAAUAGCUAUACGGUGCAACUAGCUUUUUUCUCUUCUUUUGGCAUCCACAUGUUGUGCACAGGCAACAAAUUUUUCCUUAACAAUAGUAUCAGAAUUGAUUCAUGCUUCUUCCAACCAUGCAUAAAGUGUAUUCUCAGAGUUGGUUUUUCAUAUGCUAGAUCUGCUGUUCAGUAUUUGUCAUGUUUGUGACAAAUUGGCCUGAUGCUAGGUUGGAUGAUAAAUAUAAUAUCAACCUUCUAAAUCAAGUCAACAUCGCAAUAAUAUUUGUUAGUAUGCAUGAUAGAUUUGGUGUAUUGAUAACCAGCUUUUGGGAUGUACACCACAGACAUGGUUGGAAGAAAUGCAAAUCUGUUCCCUAGAGCCAUGUGGCUGGGAAAAGCUAUAUAGAGUUAUUGGUUAGGCAUUUCCUUAUUAUGGUCGCCAUAGUGUUAAAUGGAAUUCUAGGAAUUUAAUUCAAAUUUCACCAUGUUUCCAACAUGUGAUGAUGCGGCCCGUGGCUGUAGCUGUGAACUGAUGAGGUUGGAAGGUCUGGUGGAGAUUACAUGUUGAUUGUGUGAGACUGUUGAUGGCCUGGUAGCUGCAGAUGUCCUGUUGACUAGGUUCUAGCAAAGCGCUCCCGUUGAAUGUAGAUUGUUGCUGCCCUUGUAGCUGCAGAAGUUGACUAUGAGCUUAUUUUUUGCUGCUGAUACUGGUGGAUGGCUAUCACCUCCAAUGGAUCUUCAUCCAUUGGUAUGGUAAUUUAUUUUUGUGCAUAUUCUGUAGAGUUUAUUUCUGAUCCUCAUGAUUCUACAUCAUUGACUGUAGUCUCAGGUUAACUUUGGCUGCUACAUUGUAUUUGAGCAUAUGAAUGAACACCAGUGGCUGCAAUGAGCGUUGGUUAACUUUCACUGAA